CUUAGCCACUCGCUUGCCCACAACACCGCCGCCGCCACCACCCGCACGGACACCGGCUACGGUGUACACCGACGGAAGACCAAGGCAAGAUGGCGACAGAGGCUCAGUUCGAGUACGAGUCGAUCCUCUGCGUCAAACCAGAAGUCAACGUGUACCGAAUCCCACCGCGAGCAUCCAACCGGGCAAUCAGGGCUGCUGAUUGGAAGCUGGAUGCUCCCGACUGGUCGGGCCGCAUGCGAGUGGUGGCUCGGGGAAAAGUGGCCUACGUAAAACUGGAGGACAAAAUGUCCGGGGAGCUGUUUGCCCAGGCACCAGUAGAUGAGUACCCUGGCAUUGCCGUGGAAACAGUGAGCGACUCGAGCCGAUACUUUGUACUCCGUAUCCAGGAUGACAACGGCCGCAGCGCCUUCAUCGGAAUCGGGUUUGGAGACAGAGGUGAUGCCUUCGACUUCAAUGUUGCACUGCAGGACCACUUCAAGUGGGUAAAACAGGAAAAUGAAUUCAGCAAACAAGCACAGGCUCCAGACUCCACUCCUAAGCUCGACCUGGGCUUCAAAGAGGGACAAACCAUCACGCUCAAUAUUGGGCAAUCCAAGAAAAAGGAUAGGACUCGUCCACAGAGUUCCGGUGGUCUAGGACUCCUUCCACCUCCCCCUGGAGGCAGGCUAGCCCCGCCCCCGUCAUCCCGAUCUAGUAAUCAUAACACGCAGCCAUCUGCGGGAGGAAAUGACACAGGUUGCUUGCUGGAUCUUGACUCCAGCAACUCUAACUCGGUGACUCCGUCCAAUCAACCAAUGACGGCCAGCUCAGACCUGUGGGGAGACUUUGACUCCCCAAAGUGAGCGGAGCACCAAUGGGCUCUUUCUCCCUCUUCUUUCUCUCAAUAAUAUUAUGCAGCACUUUUGGCAUCGUUGCGUUCCCCUUUGAGGGGGUCCCUACUGCUCCCUGCCGAGCAGGGUAAACCCUCACCUACCACCUCUCGCGUCGCGUAUUAAUCAGUUUUAGGUUCAGAUCUUGGUUAGUCUCAAGCCGAACACUACAGCCGUCCAUGUUCUUUGCUAUUCAUCUCCUUUUAACUGUGAACAUUAUAUAGAAACGCCAUUAAGGAAAUAUAAAAAUGAAUGCAGUUUAUGUACAGAGAAUAUUUAUUUUCAAUGUAUAUAUCCCCUGUCUGUACAUCAUUUGUGUUGUAGCGUCCCCCCCCCCCCCAUCUUUCCAGGGCUUAUUAUAUGCACUCUGUCUGUCUGUCAGUACGUGUUUCAAUACUGGGAUUGUGCUACUAAUCUUAUACAUGAGGUUUACCACCAUAAUCGUCUACUUGAAAGAAACCUUGUUCAACUGCAGUGGGUUCCCCGAGUGGCGCUGCUCUAUAGCGCCUUAUAGUGGACUCUUGGAGCACGACAGCAAUACUUGUAGUGUAGAAAUGAUGGAGCUGCUGAUUUUUUUUUUUUUUUUUUUUAAAAACAAGCAGCUGUAGUAAAUCAGCCCAGGUUGUGAAGGAGCCAGCCAAGUGGGAUGCGUUCCGGCGGCCUAAAAGGCUCGUGAUUUAGUGGCUGUGGAUGUAAGUAAACUGAGCUCGCUCAUGACCUGUUGUCCUUCGUAGUGGAUUUGUAUUCCGUCAUUUUUGGAGUGAGUCGUCAUCUGACAACCUGAAAGGUGGCGGGUUGUGUGGUACUGACCAGAUUUGAACCCCAGGUUUUUGAUGUUAAUUUUUUUUUUUUUAGUUUUGAAUUGAUUCCUUGUUGGGACCAAGCUUCUGUUUGUGAAAGGAAUUGUGGGCUUAUUUGUUGUUGUUUUUUUUUUGUUUUUUCUUUUUUUUUGGGGGGGGGGCUUAUUGUGAUCUUGUUGUGUAUAAGCAGAUGGAUUACAUUGAUUCACAAUGGAUGUCGAUGGGUACUUUCAGAACAUUAACACGAACAAAAUGUUUAAUGUAAUUUGUUGUGAAAUGAAUAUGCAAAGAUAAAUAUAAGACAGAAACAACACAA